AUCGCUUGGCGCGGCAGUUGUCAUUCCGUCUCCUCCUCCGCCGUACUUGUGUUUUCGCAACUCUCUCGCCAAUCUCGCGGUGCGCUGCGGGUGUGCACUGCAGUGUAGUAGUAUAGUAUAUCUCUAACCAGAUGUGCAAUAAAUGUGCUAAAAUUGUGUAAAAUUCAAGCCAUGCAGCUAGUUAAGCAAUUGUGAAACAAAGCCAGCGAAAAUAUAAAAACACGUUCUCAAACACAACAACAGUAAAUCAGCAGCAACAACAAGCAGUACAACAACGUGGAGUGAACGGCCGCAGAGUCAACAACAGCUGCUCACGGUUUGACGGCCACUGGGCGUCGGCGAUCCCCCGCGACGCUCUUCCUCUUCCCCUUCCACGGGAUUCCAUGCAUGAGGCCCUUCUCGCCCUCUCUGUCGCACUGAAAGCGCCGUUCCACGGAGUUCACCGGUGGCGGUGGCCCACAAACGACAACUGCCGGUCCAUCCGCUGGUAAUGUGGCAAAUGCCACCACAGCCCUAGCCGGUGGUAAGAGCUCAAGCAAUAACAUGUAUUCCACCCGCCAAUCCGUGAGCACCACAACCGGUGUACUUAUGGUCGGACCAAAUUUUCGUGUCGGUAAAAAAAUUGGCUGUGGUAAUUUUGGCGAACUGCGUUUAGGCAAAAAUCUUUACAACAAUGAACAUGUAGCAAUAAAAAUGGAGCCUAUGAAGUCAAAGGCUCCGCAACUACACUUAGAGUAUAGGUUUUAUAAACUAUUAGGAUCACAUGCCGAUAACGCCCCAGAUGGCAUACCACGCAUUUAUCAUUUGGGCACUUGCGGUGGCCGUUACAAUGCCAUGGUUUUAGAGUUAUUGGGAUUAUCAUUAGAAGAUCUCUUCAAUAUUUGCGCCCGUAAAUUUUCACUUAAGACUGUAUUGAUGAUAGCGAAACAACUUCUCCACCGGAUCGAAUAUGUUCAUAGUCGGCACUUAAUAUAUAGGGAUGUGAAACCAGAGAACUUUCUCAUCGGCAGAACGUCAACAAAACGUGAAAAAAUUAUACAUAUAAUUGAUUUCGGUUUGGCCAAAGAAUACAUUGAUUUAGAUACAAAUAGGCAUAUACCAUAUCGGGAGCAUAAGUCCCUAACUGGAACGGCACGUUAUAUGUCAAUCAACACGCAUAUGGGGCGUGAGCAGUCGCGACGCGACGAUCUGGAGGCAUUGGGUCAUAUGUUUAUGUAUUUCUUAAGAGGUUCACUGCCGUGGCAAGGCCUGAAGGCUGAUACACUCAAGGAGAGAUAUCAAAAAAUCGGUGAUACGAAACGAGCAACGCCCAUCGAGGUGCUUUGCGAUGGACAUCCGGAAGAGUUUGCGACAUAUUUGCGUUACGUACGGCGGUUAGAUUUUUUCGAAACUCCCGACUAUGAUUUUCUGCGAAGACUGUUUCAAGACUUAUUCGAUCGUAAGGGAUACACCGACGAGGGCGAGUUCGACUGGACAGGGAAGACAAUGUCAACGCCCGUCGGAUCUCUGCAAACUGGCCAUGAAGUCAUCAUUUCACCAAAUAAAGAUCGUCAUAAUGUUACGGCUAAGACAAAUGCCAAAGGAGGUGUUGCUGCGUGGCCUGAUGUGCCAAAGUCGGGGGCAACACUGGGCAAUCUAACGCCGGCCGAUCGGCAUGGUUCAGUGCAGGUUGUGAGUUCGACGAACGGCGAACUAAAUCCGGACGAUCCCACGGCCGGACACUCAAACACGCCCAUCACACAGCAGCCGGAAGUCGAAGUGGUCGAUGAAACAAAUGGUUCCUUAUAUUCCAGAUGUUGUUGUUUCUUUAAACGAAAGAAGAAGAAAUCGACGCGCCAGAAAUGACUAGACGGUGUACAAUGUAGUCCAGAACGCGAGGCAGUCACCCUGCUGCGCGCCACUUCACAUUCAAACUCACGGGAUAGCGUAUUGAAUAAUCCGAGUCAGGAUUAUAUCCAGCAGGCAACGUCGCAGCACACGUUGCGUUAUCCUCCAUCCGCGUCGAUGCUGACGCCAACACCAACUACAAACACACCGACACUUCCGUUGUAAUUUAUAUAAAUAUAAAGCCAGAUGCAGCAUGCAGAAAGCAACAAAAAAAUAAUAUAUUAAAUCAAACAAAAACAAAACCCCAACAACAACCACAACCACAACAACAAAACAAAACAAAAACAGAACCCCCGUAAACAUUAAAUACACUAAAAACAGUAAAAACAAACAAAAUGAAACCAAUUUUGAUUAAUUAUUGUAAUGAUUGUAUUUUAUUAUUAUUUUUAUUAUUUACCAAUUUUGCGUUUAUUAUAUAAAUUAUUAUAAUUAUUAAUUAUAUUAUUAAUUAAUGCUAUUAUAAAUAAAAAGAAAACAAAAUUCAAACGUAAUUCAAACCGACUAGAAAUGACACGGCAAUCCAAGCGAGAGUCCUCACAACUCACAGCCUAGGCAGCUCCUCACGUCGGUGUCGCUUGUGAAGGAAAUCGGAAAGAAUCGAAAGAAAGAAAGCUCCCCACAACCACUACCAAUGCCACUACACCCUCAGAACCCUAUUGCUCCUAACUGACGGAAACUUAAGCACACACAAGAAACCACUUAAAGCAUAUUUAUAUAUAUUAUAAACGUAUAUUAAAGAGACGAAAACAAAACUAGUGCAGCAUCAUUUAAUGAGAGAAGGAGGACAUAUUUAUACGCAACCAACAAACUUGUAAAUUAUAAUGAAAGAAAAGAAAGCGAAAAUAAACAUCAUUUUUAAAAACUA